UGGAGAGAGGAGGGGUGGAGUAGUUGAACAGUGCAUGCAGCAGCAGGAAUCUAGUCACUCUAGCUUUUUUUUUUUUUUUUUUGCAGACUGCACAAACAAAGAAAAUCAUACAGGGACUUUCAUUGUGUAAGCUCUGCCAUUAACGCUGGCUCCUAAAGCACCUAGUACAGUGUUUUACCCAGAAGGAAUGUUUCAAUUUUGACCAGAAAUAAUCAGGUCUCACCAGGGAAUUCCAAGAUUUCAAAGUGGAAAGACUGAGUGUAAGAGGCACAUCAUCUGCACACUCCCAGCUAGAGGGGCACUGUGCUCUGCAUCCAGCACAGGGGGAGCCCAGACGCCUUCAAUGGAGGAGCAGCCUGGCCAGCAGCACCAGCUCCACUCGUCGUCCUCGCACAGCACUUACUACUACUAUACACCGAGUCUGCAGCAUGGAGCAGAGGGCAGCGCAAAAUUUCACCCAAAGCCGUUAAAACAUGACCACAAACACGCCCUACAGCAGCAGGAAACACACCAGAAGAAAACAGGACAUGGAGAGCUAAAUGGUACUACAGGAGACCGCCACGUCCCUGCAAAGAUCCAGGGCUCUGACAAAUCUGCAAACCAAACUGCAUCUCGGGCUGCUAACGGCAGCCAGCAAGCCACUGCUGACAUCGGUGCGAAUGCUAAGCACCUAGCCAAGGCGAUUCAUUUUGGGAAAGCAAGCAACAAAACUAAAGCCUUGCUCCAUAAAAACAGUAUGGACAAAAAGAAUGAAAAGUCUUAUGAAAGCAAACCUAAAGAUAUCAUAUGCACAGACAAGGUAGAGAUUGGUCCCUUUCACAAUGGUUCACUUUCCAACAGCUCUGGAUUUAUCACUAAUGGCUAUGUGAGCAAAGGUGCAGAGAAUGAUGGCAGUGGCUCUGAGAGCGGCUAUGCCACUCCUAAGAAAAGGAAAGCUAAGUGCACCAUUGCCAAGGCUGACGAGAAUUCCAGUUUUCUGAUUGGCAAAAUGUCAGACUCUGAUAUUAAACUGGAUUCUGAAAACUUUAAGCCAGAUUUGCUUGCAGACCAGAAAGGGGGAGCUCGUGUGGACAAUGGUAAAGCAACUUGGAAAUGUGAGUCUUCAUCCACAGGUGUCAGUCGGAUUAAAGCAAACUCUGGAGAGCUACAGAGGAAAAACUCUGAUGCCAAACUAGUCACAGGGAAAAAGUUUGAUGACCGGCCCAAAGGCAAAUCUUUAUCAGUUACCACUUCUAAAGAGGACUCCUGGACAUUGUUUAAACCACCUCCUGUUUUCCCAGUCGACAACAGUAGUGCAAAAAUAGUUCCUAAAAUAAGUUAUGCAAGCAAAGUUAAAGAAAACCUCAACAAAGCAGCCCAGAACAACUCUGCUUCUCUAUCUUCCCUUUCUUUCUCACCUCAAGUUGGGGAAACUACAAACUGUGUCUCCCAGGUUCCCAUGUCUGCCAUGAAGUCUGUAUCUACAGUUAACUUUGCCAAUGGGCCCCUUUUAGUAGGACCUGAUGGCGGUUUUAUGGCUGCUGCUAGUAUUGUUUCACACACACUGCCUGGAGGAGCAGAGCCUUUGCCCACAGAAUCCUUUUCUGCCUCUGCAAACUCUUCUGAACAAAUGAAAUCUGGCCUUUUUACCUAUCCUUCUAAUAUGCAAAAUGCCCUGCCGGAUGCGAUGCAGGGAGAAGCAUCUGGAUUAUCUGCUCAGCAUAGCUUGGGAGAAAUUUUUCAGAAUCAGUGGGGCUUAUCUUUUAUAAAUGAACCUAGCGCUGGCCCUGAGGCUGGAACAGAUAAGCCAGAUAUUGGGCAAAUGGUCUGGGAGCCCCCAGCCCCACCACUUUCACAGGGUGCUGAAAUUGUUGCCUCAGGAAAUGAGCGCCCAGUUUUCCCCAAAGCAUACGAGUUGGACAAACGGACUAGCCCUCAAGUUGCAGAUGGUUCCAUGCUGAGAGUAGCUCAUGGGUCUGGGGGAGAUGGGACUGCGUUAUCCUUAGGGCCACAGCAUUUAGGGGAGUUGCAAAAGCUGGAAGCUUCUAGCCAGGGUUCAUUAGUGUUUCAGUCCAAGGUCUAUGAAAUAGAAUUAACUCUUCAGACCUCCCUGAAAAACACUUUACAGACUUCCGCCAAAGAUAAGAGGUACCAAGGAGAUCUUGAUUGCAAAGAUAUCUGGGGUUCUUUUGACCUGAGGGCUGCUAUUAUGUAUCACACUAAAGAAAUGGAAUCUAUUUUGAACUUGCAAAAACAAGAUCCCAAUAGGAUAAUCACUUAUAAUGAAGCCAUGGACAACCCUGACCUCUGAGACUGCUGCCAGGGGCAUUGCUGGCUCUUCUUUUCAUUGAUGCAUGAGAGACAUUAUCUGGCUGUCAUGCCCCUUUAAAAAUAAAUCUUGCAUAAAGCAGCGGGGAGGGAGGGGAACAAGAACAGGAGUAGAAUUGAAUCAAUGGAUAUAUAAUUAUAUAAAUAUAUACAUACAAAUAUAUAUAUAUAUAUUUUGUUUAGAUAACUAUGUAUAGAAAAUUCUAUCCAUAUAGAAAUAUAUAUAUUAUAGUUAUUUAAACAAAUUAAAAAGUGACAAUGUUAUUCAAACAACUUUGAUCUAAUCAGGAAACAAAACCUUAUUUCCCAGUUUAAAACAAAAGAAAACAUCCAGCCCUGGUACAAACAUUUAUUAUAAUUUUUUUUUUUUUUUAUUUCCCCCGCAGUGGGAUGUUUUUUCUUUUCUCAUCUUCAAACAAGACUGAAGUGCUUAAAGUUGACAAGUAGCUAACAUGGGCAUACAUGCUCUUGUUAUCAAGAUAAGUGGAACAGUUAACACACUAUCCGAGUCACGGUGAAAAAAGAUUUUAGUGUACUUAUUUGUCAAGAAGAGGACAGCACAUAUUUAGGGGGAAUGCAGAUGGCCCCAACUUUUAUUCCUCAUCUUGUUUGUAUCUAUCAAUGGCUUUUACAUAUGACACGUAAUCCCGCUAAUAACAAUGGACACAUUUUUAUGUUAAAAAAAAAUGUUUAUGUAUAAUUUUUUUUUUUUUUUUUUCUAAUUGCUCCUUUUUCAGUUUUAUUCUGGAACUUAGAAAGGAAAAACAAAGCAAAAAAAAAACGCAAGCUGUCUUAAACAAAAUUUUCUCUAUUUUUGGAACUAGAGACAGAUGCACUUUUACGAUUCUGGAAAUAAUUCGGACAAGCAGGUGUCUUAAUUUUUGAUCAUUGGAAUUUGUCCCGUCAAAUAUUAGAAAAUAUACUUUAAAAGUAAAGAACAAACGAUGAAAAAAGAAGAAAAAAAAACUAAAAAUAGCAUACGCAAAAUAAAGUUAUCUAUUUAGGCAUUUAAUAUAUUUAAAAGUUAUAUAAAAUCUGUAAAAUCUGUUUCCUGUUGGUCAUUGUAUGAAAGCUGAAUGAGAUCUCUGGACUCUGGCUGCUUCAUCUCACUGUGUGUUGCUAAUACCUGUCUUUUUAUUUCAUUUUUUUUCUACUUUUAACCUGUGUUUCUAUGUUUAUGUAUUAUCAACUGAUUGCAAAUGGACAUCCUGUUUUAAACCACCGUGGCUCUGACAGGGGUUAAAUAUAUAUAUUAGUUGUUGUAUUUUUUUUUUUUCUUGUUUCAUUUUUUUCUUUGUUUUUUGAACUGUAUGCAUCUAAUGUCUUUAUGAAUUCUUUGAUAAUUUGGCCUUGCCCUCUCUGUAAGAGGGACAUUACUGGAAGCAGGACUUUAGCAAUAAAGGUAUUGACCCUUUCCUUAAGA